CGCCUGAAGUGUCGACUCGUGGUUUUCACUGAUAUAUCAAAAGACAAAGACAGAGACAACCAUUUAGUACUGCAAUCAACGCACGGAUCAAAUGAGCUGAAGUUUAACGAAGGCUUUGAGCGACGGAUCGGUUAUCAAUUGAUCCAAUCUCUUGUGGGCCUCAACGCCGCCGUCUUUGAAAUAUUCUUCGAGUUCUUCGACGUAUUGAAUCCAAACACAAUUAUCACAUCCCGAUUGACAACAAUUUUCCGGUGGUUUCGGCAACUCUUUGACAGUUGUCUUAAUUGUCUUCGACUUCUUCUUCUUCUGACCACCGAAGAAGAAGUGUUGGAAUCGAUGGUACGCUUCGCGCAGAUAAUCAUCGGUCCGGCGGGGAGUGGGAAGUCGUCGUACGUGUCAGCGAUGGUCAGACACUGUCAGGCGAUGAACCGCACCGUCGAUGCCUUCAACUUAGAUCCGGCCGCAGAGCACUUCGACUAUCAACCCGUGGCCGACAUUCGCGAACUCAUUACUGUCGAAGACAUUAUGGCCGACGACGAGCUCCGGUUCGGACCCAAUGGCGGACUCGUCUUCGCGAUGGAGUAUCUGUUGGAGAAUAUGGAUUGGUUUGAGGAACGGUUGGGCGAUGUGGACAACGAUUAUCUACUGUUCGACACCGCGGGACAGAUCGAGUUGUCCACACAUCUGGAUGUGAUGCGACGACUCAUCGCUUUCCUUCAGUCCCGCGACUUCAGAGUUUGCGCCAUCUUUUUGUUGGACUCGCAGUUCGUGUCCGAUAUGUCAAAGUUCUUCUCCGCUCUAAUGGUCUCACUCUCGGCGAUGAUUAGUCUUGACGUACCGGUCGUUAAUCUGUUGACCAAAACUGAUUUGUUGGACAAAUCGGGCCGAAAACGUUUGGACACGUUCUUAGAGCCCGACUCUUACCUCUUGGAGGAUCGGGUGUCCGACAAAUGGGGAGAAAAGCACCGAAAGCUGACGGAAGCGUUCGGUAAACUCGUGGACGACUACUCUUUGAUCAAAUUCAUGCCAAUCAGUGUCUUGGAUGAGGACUCUCUCAACGAUAUCCUCAUAACAGUAGACAAUGUCGUGCAGUUCGAUGAGGAACAGGACGUGAAGGUCCGUGACUUCGAUGAGCCCGAAGUUAAUGAAAACGAUGACAAUAAUUUCGUUUUGAGUUCAAUGUUGACACAAAAGAAGACAUCUGUAGUUAAGAAGCCGUUAAAGUCGCCUCAGAAUAAGGUAUUAUCGUCGGGCACUUCCAUCAGCAAAAAAUUACCGGCUCAUGGUGAGAAUUGGCCAAAGCAUGGCUUCAGUGGUUGUGGAGGCGAAGAACAGUCGCCCAUUAGACUCGUCACCGCCGACGCCACGUCUCAGGAAUUGCACCUCAAUUUCCGUAAUUAUAGGAAACCAAUACGUCUGGCAUUUAUAGAGAAUAACGGACACACAGUGCAAAUAGGUUUUAGUGAUAAAUUUAUAAUCACUGUUUACGGGUCGGCGUCUAAUAACAAGGCAUAUAUAUUCAGUCAAAUGCACUUCCAUUGGGGCAGUUAUAACGCUGUGGGCUCUGAACACACAAUCGACGGCUAUCGAGGUUUAUUGGUUUCUCAUUAAUAC